AUGGAUAGUGGUAAUGACACUAAAACUCAUAGUACUCCAUCAGAAUCAGCAGCUUCUGCAUCACUUCUUCCACUUCCACCAUCUAGUUUAGGGAAAAGAAAACCAUCUAGGAAACCAUCCAUGGUGUGGGAUCAUUAUGAGAAAAUGGAGAAUUCAGAUCCUGAUAAUCCUAGAUGUAAAUGCAAAUAUUGUGGUGUGGACUAUGCUUGUAAUAGUAAAUAUGGGACAAGUACUUUGUUGAAUCAUUUAAAUCAUCAUUGUAAGAAGUACCCUUAUAGAGUGCAAGAUAAAAAGCAAAAAAUCUUAACUUUUGGGGCCCAAAAUGAGAGUGAUGGGAGCAAUCUUUUGGCUGUUGGUUUUAAUAAGGAAGCAUGUAGGCUUGCAUGUGCUAAAAUGAUAAUCUUAGAUGAGCUCCCAUUUAGUUUUGUUGAAGGUCGUGAUUUUAGAAUGUUUUGCAAUGUAGCAUGUCCUAAAUUUGAUCCUCCGUCUCGAAAAACGAUUGUUAGAGAUAUUUAUGCAUUGUAUUUGGAUGAGAAGUUGCAAUUGAAAAAUACAUUUUCUUUGAAUUGCCAAAGAAUUAGUCUUACCACCGACACUUGGACUUCCAUUCAAAAUAUCAAUUACAUGUCUCUCACCGCACAUUAUAUUGAUUCUAAUUGGAUGCUUCACAAACGGAUUUUAAAUUUUUGUGUGAUUCCUAAUCAUAAAGGAGAGACAAUAGGGAAGCUAAUUGGGAAUUGUUUGUAUGAAUGGGGUAUUGAGAGGGUGUUUACAAUCACAGUUGAUAAUGCUUCUGCAAACAAUUUGGCAAUAGAGUAUAUUAAAAGGAAAUUGAAUAAUUGGAAAGGGUGUGUAUUGGAUGGUGAUCACUUACACAUGAGAUGUUGUGCACAUAUUGUUAAUUUGAUUGUGUCUGAAGGGUUAAGGGAAGCACAUGACUCUAUUGCUAGUAUUCGUAAUGCAGUGAGAUAUGUUAGAUCUUCUCCUGCUAGAUUACAAAAGUUUAAGGAAUAUGCUGCUCAAGAGAAAAUUGAGAGCAAUUCUCUUGUGUUUUUGGAUGUUCCAACUAGGUAG